CCUUCACUCUAGGAAUGGGCUUGGGUUGGGCGGCUCUUGGUGUUGGCGUCAUCACUCCGCGCCAAUGGCAUUUGGGCGGGAGGAUGGCGGGGCUGCUGCCGCUGCUGCGGGCUGAGUGCUGGCGCCCCCUUUGCAGGGAAGGUGGAAGAAGAUGGUGUUUGCCAGUCUUAUCCUCCCCUGACAGAUAUUGUAGCACCGAAACGGCCUUUGGAAACAUCAAUAAGUCAGUUAUUGACCGUAUAAUCAGAGUGGAUCACGCUGGAGAAUAUGGAGCAAACCGCAUUUACGCAGGACAAAUGGCAGUGCUAGGUAGAACUUCAGUAGGACCAGUUAUUCGGAAAAUGUGGGAUCAGGAAAAGGACCAUCUGAAAAAAUUCAGUGAGUUAAUGAUCUUGAACAGAGUCCGGCCAACUAUUCUGUUGCCGUUUUGGAACAUAACAGGUUUUAUGUUAGGUGCUGGGACUGCUUUACUGGGAAAAGAAGGUGCAAUGGCUUGCACUGUGGCAGUGGAAGAGAGCAUUUCUCAGCAUUAUAACAACCAGAUCAGGACACUCAUGGAAGAGGAUCCAGAUAAAUACAGAGAAUUAUUAGAGACAAUAAAGAAAUUCCGGGAUGAAGAACUGGAGCAUCACGAUAUUGGGCUUGAUCACGAUGCAGAACUGGCUCCAGCGUAUUUGAUCUUGAAGAAUACUAUACAAAUUGGAUGCAAAGUUGCAAUAUUUUUAUCAGAAAGGAUAUAGUCAAGUUUUUGGCAAUAGUAUCACAGCUUUGAAUUAAGAGAUUAUGACUGCACCAGUCAAAUAAUGUACAAGUAAAAUUAUACAGUGAUAAAGUCUCUCUUCCGUUCUUCCUGUUUUGUCCAUAAAAAGUUCACUACCAUCUUGUGCUUAUCACCAGCAGCACAGAAAUGCUAUCUUGGGUAAAGAAUUCUUUUUUUAGUAAAUAAAUGUUACCUGGUAGCAGUAAUCAUUCUACUUACACAAUAAUAAUUAGUAAUUAUACUUACACAGACAGCUAAUUUUUGGAGAUUUUAAAUGUGACUUAAAAGAAUGUGUAAACAUUCACAGCAUAAAUGUGGCAGCAUAGAAUGUGCAUGCCAUUGUAACCUUUUAUGCCAGUAGUUGGAGAGAAAUGAAAUGUUGAUCCUAAAUACAUUACUUCUUAUCAUUUAUUAAACCAUUAAUGUUG